GUACCGCUGGAAAUUGGAUGAGGCGAAUAAGGCAAUAGAAUCCAUCUGCCUCUGCAGUCGUCUGUGUAUAUUUUCUGCUUCAAUCCUCCCUCCCCCUGGAGUUAAUAGGAUAUUUUAAAUAUAUAUAUAGUAAGCGAAAUUUGGGGGGAAAACUGCAAAGGACGGACAAUGUUUGGAAUAAAUGGGAAAUAGCAAGUAACUGGAUGAGAUCAGUGAUAUUUUUGGUUGUCUAAGAGGAUACGUACUUCCGGUUAUUGGGGCUGUGCUGUUCACAUUGUUUCACUGAACUGCCUUAAUAUUAUUUCGUUAUUUGAGCUCUUAGCUUCCGGAACAGCAGGACUCGUAACUCAGUCAAGAUCAGCCAAACGUUACUUUGCUGCCCUUUCCGGGGUAGGCUGUGAAUUUUUCUGUUGUCGUUUCCUGGCCGUUAUCUUUGUCAUAAGCACACGUUUGGACUUCUGAGAGCGCCGUGAUAAAAGUGAUGAAGUGAUUGCAGAGACUGGGCUGUAACUCUGAAGCGGACAUUAAUUGAUCUGGUGCGACUGGUGUCAUAACGACAGUGUGAGGGAGCUCGACUGAUCAGCAGCCUUGAGAAACGCAUACUUUUCUGCCCAACAAAUGAGUGCCAGGAUACACAAAGAUUUGUCGCUUUCUUUGUCCUCUUGCAGUGGAAACAGGAACUUUUCUCAGAGCAAUGGCACCUGCGUGACCGAGGUGGGAAAGUUAAUGUACUCUUUCUCCGCCACAGUGGUUCUUAUCGUGUUGGUGACGCUGAUCGUCGGCGUGAUCGCCGUCUCCCUGAUCACCUUUCACUUCCACAAAAGCAAAAUGAAGAAGCGGAAGAUGCAGAGGGCUCAGGAGGAAUAUGAGCGCGACCACUGCAGCCCCGAGGCGCUGAAUUGUUCCUCGCCCGAGGCAGUGGGGGUGACGGGGAGCCCAGCUUACCAGGCGGCUACUGCCUCCCGGUGCCCCCCACACACAGUGGACUCCUCAAGCCGCCCGGAUCGAGAAGAAUCCGAAUCGGACCUUCACUGUACGGACACUGCAAGGAACCCAGAGUUCCAAUCCGUGCUUUUGUAAUGAACUACCGCCUGACUGCAGAUAACAACAGACCAUUGUGAUAGAUACUUGAACAUUACAUAGUUUCAAGAAAACAGAGGGGAGGGGGAGGCGAGGACAGGCACGGCGCAUGGCAAAUCACAUUAAGCCCGAAAUCUUAUUUCUUGAAAUUAAGUAUUUGUGUUUAUAACGACGACGCAUAUAUAGCGGAAAUGUAUGUCAGAGUUUUCCGGAUUUCCAAUUAGAUGUAUAUUUCGUAAUUUGAUCGUCCAUAUGUCAAGUCCGAGGUUUCACAUGGAUGUGUAAAGUGUAAACGAGUGAAGGAGAUCAACAGAGGGACGUUGGAGCAACACUCAUUCUGGGCAUUGGAUACACCUGAGAGAGCCGCGGACUCAAUUGCAACCGGACCGAGACGCUGUCCAACAAUCAUAAUACAUUUGUAUAAAUAAAGGCAACCAUCAGACUUUCCAGCUAAGUUAUUUAGAUUCCUAGAUGUUACCACCUUCGGUCCGUUUGUAAAUGUAGCUUUGAAUUCAGUGUGACGAAGACUGGGCACAGUGAACCGCUACUCUUACGAAACAGCCCCACAAAACAGAAGAAGAUGGUUUGAGUUAACUAGCGUUAUGAUCGAGGCUGUCUCAUCCAGAUUUGUAAGAUCCAAAACUGACAUUACUAACAUCAACUUUGUUUCAAAUUUCAACAUAUUGUAUGUAUGAUCAUUCUCCGUUUUUCAGGGGUUUCCCCCCCUCUAAGUGGAUUUGAACUGGACUUGCCUUCCAUUUCACAGAUUUUAUUAACGUGGGUUUGAUCAACAAUCUGAAGUGUCAAAUGAUAUGCCUUACAGUAUAAGUAAUAGGAAUCUAAUACUGUCAUAGAAACUAUGAAAAAGACACACAGGCACUAACCAGAGAUAGGGCUUUGUUAAUUAAUCGAUAGCAGCGCUUUAGAUAUUUUUAAAAAAAACUUCUUAAAAGUUUUAGGUCCGUUCUUGAGAUAGUCAGUACAACAUUAUUGAGAAUAUGAGUUUCAUUGUAAUCGAGCAGUUUGGUUAAAUCCUUUAGCAGCGUUUUGUUGAAGUAUUCAUAUAGUCUGGCGUCUUUAUGUCAGUAACUGGUUCCCAGAAGGUGAAAUAUUAACGUGGAAGUAACAACGAAACCUGUCUCUUUAGCUGUUCAUGACCAUCGUACUUUUCUAGGAGUUGCGGGCCUGGUUUCCAAAAUAUUAUUUCGAGUCACGUGAAACAUGUAGGAACCCAAGUUUUAUGGUUGCUUUUUGGAACCUUGCCCCGUGUCCUGCCUUUGCUAAACGUGUGGCAAUCGAUUGAAUCUGAUGCAAUUGAGGUGGCAUUUUGAUUAUUUUAAAGUGAUGGUAGUUUAAUUCCUCAAGCUAAUGUACAGAUUUGUACAAUAACACUACAUUGAAACUACUGACUUUAAGUAAAUCGUUUAUAAUCGAGAAUGAGGAAGGGCGGUCUUUCUAAACGUUAUCAUUUCUACCAUGUUGUAGGUUUCGACAGGAAUCAGUGUCUAUCCAUGUACAAGUGCAAGUCUAUUCAAUUGACGCCUCCCUUUAAUAUGGAAAGAAAAUGACGGCAAUGACUAGGGAGCAUCUAUCCCUGAAACCACAACCUUAUUCUUUCGGUCCACAGUUGCCGCCAGACCUGCUGAGUAUUCCCAGCAUUUUCUAUUUUAAAUUACAGAUUUCCAACACCUGCAGUGUUUCAAUACUAAUAUUUUAAAAUGGGGCUGUCCGCCGUCUGUAGUGCUGAAAAGAGCAUUCCUUAGAGACGGUUGUCUGUAUGAUUGGAUCUGAACAAAACAUCAAAUAUUGGCCAGUUCUGUUCCCGCCAGACUCCCAGCUGCCACAAUGUUACUAAACUCAUCGUCACAAUUAACUGCUCUAGAGAACUUUUUUUAUUAAUAGUUCGCUAUCCGAAUCAUAUAAACGCCGAAGCUCAUUGAAUAUCACAUCCAAUAAAGUUAUUCAUUGGGAUCAACACGUUUUCAUUCCAAAGAAGUUUCUCUGUCGCUGAAAUAUUUUGGUUUGGUUUGCCAUUAAUUCUGGGGUGUAGUAUUUGAUUAGAGAGAAUGUAGCUGUGAUAAGCCUGAUACCAGAUGUGUCCAAUCAACAUCCUACUUGCAAAAUACAUGUUUACAAUUUAGUUUAGACUAACAGCACUGUGUAUUUGAUUAUUUCUUUGAACUAACUCGAAGUAUUGCAAUACUAGACUGAAUUAUUACAAUCAGCGCUCAAAGAUAAAAGUUUGACUCUCCAGAGAAAUACUGUAAUCUGGGUUGCCAAAAACCGUUGGGUCUUGUGGUUUUAAGCAUUUCUGGACACAGCUUACCUGCACAAUUUAUAUAUCUAUUGAUGUCUGUUCGUUAAAUAGAUUUCUAUUUUAGAAUGCUAAAGCAGUUCAACAUAUAUUUACAAACUUGCUUAUAAGCAAAUGGCACCAAUUGUAAUGCUAGAAUUGGCAAGUAUGAAAAUAGUUUAUUUGAUUUUGCCGAACUACAAUUAUAGCAUGUAUCUGAACGAUGUAAAGUCCUUAACUUGCAAUCGCGUUUCGAUUUUAUCACACCUCCAAAAGUGUACUCAUUGAAAAAGAUUAAUUAAUGCUUUAACAACAGUCUCCAUGAGAAAGGGGGAAGAGGAAGAUCAGUAUAUGUACUUUUUUUUAUUCUCUGGUGCAGUUGGUUGGACUUGUUUGAAACAGACCACCAAAAAUAUUAUGGGUGGAAGAGAAAUGGCAUCCAACAUGUUUUGCAUUACUGAUGAUAUACUUAAUUUUUGUAAAUGAAGCCAGUGAUUGAAAGUGCAUAAUACAAUGAUCAUUGAAAGCUUUGUCGGAGACUGAACAGCAUUUGUGAUACAAUAUAACAGGCAUCAUUCCGGUAGUUCGAAAAAUAAUCGCCGGUCGAUUGCAAACAAAAGAAAUUCUCGGCAAGGAGAACUAAACUACAGUGAAUAUUCUGUGUUAGGGCGGCAUGAGCAUCAACAAUUGCCAUCGUUUGGGGUAAUGAAGGCAGGACACCAGCUUUUGUGUUGGUAGCGUGAGGAUGCGGUUCUAGCUGAUUUGCCCCGAGGAACCGUUCGCUUGACAUCUAGCUCGUUUUUAUAACUGAGCUCACUGAGGCCCGUCAAGUCGGUCAUUGUUUCUUUCGGCCACAGAAGAGUCUUAAACAGGGCCAUAUGUCAAUUCUUCUUUGGUUUAUUCUGACCAGGUUUGUAUUCACAGCACCGAGACUGCUAGAAGAUGGUAUGAGACUAUCCUUCGUGCUAAAAGAACGGCCCACUUUCACUGUUAGAAGAUAGUAAGUCCUUAGAGAGGCUUCGCAGUUCACUGUUUAUCAUUUUCAAAUACUUCUCCAUUUCCUUUUAUGGAUUCACUUUCACCACCACCUCUGGUCGGGUAUCCCGUACUCAACAAAUGUUAAUACUUACUACAUUUUUCACUCAAUGCAGAUCUAAAGGUUCCCGACUCGUGAGAUGCUCGAGUUAACAAGUUCUGGAGAACUAUACAGGCAGCGCCAGUUAGCUUUUUCAUUGACUUGACCCUGUCACUGCUUAGACUAGAGCUUACACAAUAAGAAAAGAUCAUGGUCCGAAUCGCAUUCAAUAGAAAUUCUGGACCGAAGAGUAGCCUGUAUCCCUCAUAAAUAACACCCAGCACCCACAAGGCAGCGGCCAGCUGUGGUUCGCUGUUUAGGUUGGGUGCAAGAUUUUUCUUUUUAUCGUGAAGGACUCAGAGGGGCAACUAUUCUCAAAAAGUGAAUGCUUGGGUUUGUACAAUGAUUACAAAGUUACAGCAGAGCACUGGAAGGUCAAACUCACUGAAACUCUGUGCUCCCUUGUCUCCUUUCUUUGCAAUAGGUAUCUGCGAGUGCACUAUUUACACAUCUCAUCGACCAAGUAAAUCAUGUGUGCCGCUCAUCAAACUUCCUCCUCCAAACCAUAGUCAUUCAAGGCUUUUCAAGACUGCUCUCCCAAUUUCUAGAACGCAUCAUUAACCUCGUCAUCUCACUCGACAGGUGAUACUGCUGCAGCGCCCAGUGGAGAUUGGGAAAAGGUCACUGGAUUAUUAUUAAUAGUGAGGCCACGUUUCAACUCUAUUAGCGACACCGGUAUAAAAGCAAAAUACUACGGAUGCUGGAAAUCUGGAGAAACUCAGCAGUUCAGGCAGGUUCUGCGGCUAGAGAAACAGAGCGAAUGUUUCGAGCCCAGUAUAACUCUUCUCCCGAACUGAGGGUUCCCGAUCUCCAGCUCUGGUUGACGUGACAUGCCAGGCAUUGCCAACAUGAAAAAUAGUAAGCAAUAAAAUUAUCGUGUGAACAGGCAAAGGGAUGUAUUCAAAAUAUGUGGCAGGAAAUUCUAUUUGUAAUUUUCACAGAUUCAGUGUUGCAUCUAGUUUUAUAAGAGAACUCUUAAAGCAGCGUUUAAAAAAAGCCCCGUCAGAAUAACAUUUCAAUCAAAAGUUCAGUUUUUUUGUUAUGAAACUUGAAAGCUCUCAGAAAAGAUUUAUAAGAAUGUUGCCAGAGAUGGUGCGUUUGACCCAUAGGGAGAGGCCGGGGGCUAUUUUCCCUGGAACGGCGGAUUCUGAGGGGUAACCUUAUAAAGGUUUAUAAAAUUACGAAGGGGCAUGGAUAGGGUGAAUAGCCGAGGUCUUUUUCCCGGGGUGGGAAAAUCUAAAACUAGGGGGUUAAAAUUGU